UUUUUUCAACUUCCUACCACUGUGACGUAAUUGUCAAGACUCACUUUAAACAAAUAAGUCACAGAAGGAAAUUGAAAAUGAUACAUUUAAUUUUACUGCCUUCUUAGCUUUGGUGUUUAUUUGAAAUUUCACAUGCCUUUCAUACUUAAUCAAGGAAGAAAGAAAUGCUGACAGCAUUUCCGAAGCACACAAGCAUUGUGACUUAUUAUGAGAAAAAGGAACUGCCUCCAUGCUUGUGUGUCUUUACACGUGCAUAUACAUAUGUGCGGGUGUAACUGUUUGAAGGAGGAGUUACUAUCCAGAGAACAUGAGUCAAAAAAAAGAAAAAAAGAUGAGUGAAGGCCAUACAGGCUUCUCCUUGUCUCUGUUCCAGACAGCAUUCAGGUUAAUUUAGGGAAGAGGAGGAGGAGGCUGAGGGAAAGAAAGAGGGAAGCUGUGCGGGAGGAAGCAGAGGUGACUCACAUUGAUUGCAAACAGUCCACUGUAAGUUAUCCAGCCGGGGGGAGUGGUUUCACAGUCUGUAAGCAUAAGUCGGUGGAGCCACCAAAACGUGCUCAUUUCUGGGAUGUAGUGUCUGAACAAGUGGAGAGACAGAUUUCGGCUGGAUACACCAUGCUGACUUGGAUGUAGUAGCAGGGUUCUGGUGAGGUGCUCUUUGUCUGACUGUCUGAAGGUACUUUGAUGACAAACCUGCUCCACCUUAGGAAGUUUAAACAACCUCUCGGGCUGGACUGUGGUGCAUUAACGUCGGCUCGCCCUCCCCUGCCCCCCCGUCCCUCAGCCAUGGCCUCACGCAUUGGGCUGCGGAUGCAGCUGAUGCGAGACCAGCUGCAGCAGGAGGAGCAGCGUGAGCGGCAGCACCAACAGCAGCAGCAGCAGCAGCAGCAGCAGCAGAAUGCAGCUCUGCAUUACAUGCAGCACCACAUGGCUCGGCCUCCUGCACCCACGCCUGCCAUAAGCACUCCUCAACAGUACCAAAGCAUGCAGGUCCCAGUGGAGGUUCUGAAGGUGCAGACUCACCUUGAAAAUCCAACAAACUAUCAUCUCCGUCAGGCGCAGAGGCAGCAAGUUAAAGAAUACCUUUCAACCACCUUUGCCACCAAACAAACGGUCCACGAGGUGUCAAGACUGGGGAUGCCAUCUCCUCCCCAAAACAGGGGACCCACUGGGGUCUCAGGCUCUGCCCCCCCACCCAUCUGCUCCCCACACAUCCGCACAGAACAGCUCAUAUCUGGCAACAGCGCCCCCAACAGCCCCAUGGCCAUGCUCGACAUCAGCUCCAACCACGAGACAGAGAUGGAUGAUGUUAUUGACGACAUAAUCAGUAUGUCCAACUAUGAAGAUCAACCAUACAUUGAUCCUAUCCAGAUGCCAAACACACUCCCACUGUCAAGCAGUCAUCUGGACGUUUACUCCGGCCCCGGCAUGAAAGGGCCAACCAUUACUAUGACCAGUAACUCCUGUCCUGCCAACCUCACCGUCAAGCGGGAACUUUCAGAUGCAGAAGCCCGGGCGCAGGCCAAAGACCGACAGAAAAAAGACAACCACAACCUGAUUGAAAGGAGAAGGAGAUUCAACAUCAACGACCGUAUCAAAGAGCUGGGCACAAUGAUUCCCAAAACGAACGAACUUGAUGUACGCUGGAACAAAGGCACCAUACUGCGAGCUUCUGUAGACUAUAUUAAACGUAUGCAGAAAGAUGUAGAGAGAUCCAAAGAGGUGGAGAAUAAUUUCAAAAGGAUGGAAAUGGCCAAUAAACAGCUGUUGCUACGGAUCCAGGAGCUGGAAAUGCAGGCUCGUCUGCAUGGUCUGCCCAACGCCUCUCCCUCUGGUCUCAGCCUUCCUGACAUGAUGCCUGCUUACAUAAAACAAGAAACCAGCCCAGAAGAGAACCUCUCUCACAGCCACCCACAGGGCCAUCACCAGCCCCACCACCUGCACCAUAACCACGCUCAACCACAGCAGCACGCUCAGCAGCACCACUAUAUGCCCCAGACCCAUCUCCACCCGCAGGAUCACAUGCAGCCUCAAACCAGGCAGCUGCCACCCCUCCCACCACACCUUCAGCCACAGCAGCCCAUCCAGUAUCCAGCUGUGGGCAGCUCUCAGCCCUUUGACUUUGUCCAAUCGCUGGACUUGUGCGAUGGAAUACCUGGAUUUUCAGAUGGGAUGCCAGGGCUGGGCGACCUGAGUGGACUCGAUGUCCAAAUGAGAAGAGGUGACAUGGGCCUGUUGAUGAUGGACGAACCUCUGUCCCCCAUGGUUGGUGACCCACUGCUCUCUGCAAUGUCCCCUGAAGCCUCAAUUGACUCCAGCCGCAGAUCCAGCUUUGGCAUAGAUGAUGAAGACAUAAUGUAGACACACAUGCACUUACCCAAGGGCAUGAGGUCUGAUGGUUGCUGUUCAAGACUACAAAACAUAGUCAAGUAUCCACACAAAAAAAAAGAAACCAAACAUACACAUGAAGGAUAGAAGGAACACACUUUUUACACACAAGUGACACUCAGUGGUUGUACAGUUAAUAUAUUUUUUUGUAGGUAUGGGAAGAAGAGGGUACACUGCAGUCACAAUGAUGAAACCAUGCUGUACAGAGCACAUUUUUGCACACACACAAGUGCCUAUGGAAUGAAUCAGAACAGCUUCGGCCAACAAGCUCUGCCUUUUCAAGCCGAGAGCCAACACAGCUAGAUCAGUUAUUCAGCACAAGAGGACCCUGAAUCAUAAUUGAGAAGUGAGCAAAAACAGUGUUUAAUUAGACUGAUGCCUUAAGACACAAGGACAUAUGAGAACAUUGACUCACGUGAUGGAGGACAAGUUAUUUGCCCUCUCUACAACCUCUUAUAGCAACCGUAAAUGAUUGAAUGAAUCACAGUUAAUAAAAUGGAAAUAGCUUUCUGGUCUUGGCUGUAUAAUUUAUCUGGAGGGGAAACUCUGUGCUCAGAUGGUCGUUUUUUUUUGUUUUUUAUUUCCCUGUUUCGCUUUUGCCUAAAACCUAAACUGCUAAGGGUUUAACAAGAUUUGAAACUAUCACGGUCAAGAGAAAAUUAUCAAUUUUCUAUCCGACUAAUCGAUUCUUUAAGUUUUUGGCAAACGUAACAGUAAAGACAGAUUGAUGAGGCUCUGGCGAAGCUUUCUCUUCCACAUGUGAUUUUCACAAUAACAGCGUCAGAACAUGCCUGCCCUCGUGCGCUCAUGCUCGUGUCACAAACACAACCCCUUCAACACAUGGAAACUCACCAGUCAUGUACAAGUGCAUUCUUGCUCUCGCAUGCAUACACAUAUGCGGCCUGUGCCUUCAGGCUGUUCUCAGAUCAGACUGUUCACCUCAUCAGUCGCCUCCCUCGUAAAUCAAGCAAAACUGACAGCUGCAGAGGUAAAGCUCAGGUCAGGAAUACAAACUGUCACCCAAAGGUAAUUCAUUACUCCAGUUGUCACAGGGAUGUUUGGUGCAGGUUGUGGUGGACCUGCGUUCUGUUUCUGCUGUGGUAGACCUGGGGCUAAGCUUUUGUUUUUAUAGCUUUCGAUCAGAACUGAUAGUUAGUAAAAUAGUGAUGAUUCUGUUUGUGAUUGAAGGCAAGAUUGUUUUCUUUUUAAGUUUGAUGUUUUUUUUUCUCCAAAAGCACUGGAAACUAUACUAUUUUUUUUGCCUUUGUACAUGAAAUACAAUUAAUUUCAAAUGUUGUAUACCACUAAGCCACUUGACUGUAUUUUAUUUCUGUUUCUUGUUGAAGUUUUGUUUAAUUUUCCAUCUGGUCUUUCUACUUAAAGCUGUUUUCUGGAAUUACAUGGUGUAUGUUUUUAGGCCAAUGUUUUGCAGGAUAAAGACUAGGGAAGUGAUUUAUAAACGUAAGAGUUUCACUUGAUUUUAGACACAGGAUGCAAACCUACAUUUAUUGUAGCUUUUUAUAUGAUCAGGAUUUUAUUUUAUUUCCCAUUUAAUUUAUUAUUUUACAUUUGAAACCAGACAUAGAUCUGUUAUGAUUCUAUGAUGUGACUGAAAUCAAACAGUUUCUGAGGAUUUACGGUUUACCAGGUGUUCUGGUUUGAUUGAAGUAUGUCAGCAUUGCUGUCUCCUUAUCACAUAAACUCUAAGCCAGUGUUUGGUGACAUUUUUUUAUUUUAUUUCUUUUGGUGUUGCCACUGACUCUGCAUUCAUUGUUGUCUGGAACUGUGCCUUUUUACAGUCUGGCAGUUGCACAUUGUCAUUCUGUCAACACUCCCGAGAGCUCCCCGGCCUCCUGUUUCUCCACUUGAGGGUGCUCUGCAGAGCAUCUCCACAGGGAUAUGUGGUUUUGAAAUUACCGAAGAUAUAAACAUGUUAUGCAAGACUCCACAAACUGGUGUUCGUUUUUUUUUUUUUCCUGUUUUGCAUUUGUUUAAUGUUUUUUAUUCUCUUGAACAUGCAUUUAUGUGUAUUUCGAUGGGUGUUAAAGUUACAUGACCGGGAAAAAAACCCAUCGAUAUUGAUAUACAUAUAAAAUUAAAGUUUGUCAACACUUU